CCGAAAGAUUAGUUAAACUUCCCAAAAUGCACAAAACACCAAAGCCUACUAUUUAGAAUAUUUCCUUGGUCCAGUCUUUUAAGAAAAUGGCAGAGGCUUCUCCAGUUCCUGGCUCUGCAGUUGGGUCCUCCAAUUACACAGUCAGGAUUCUGCUGCUGGGCAGAAGUGGAUCUGGGAAAAGUGCCACAGGAAACACAAUCCUGGGGAAAAAAAUGUUCAACAGCCCAAAACGGCACAAAGAGCGAGUAACCACAAUGUGCGAAAAGCAGUCCUGUCAUGUUGCUGGAAGGGAGGUGUGUGUGAUUGACACUCCAGACCUGCUGGAUCCAAACCUCACUGAGGAUCAACUCAAGCAAGAGAAAGACAAACUGAUAUCUCUCUGUCAGGCUGGUCUUCAUGCUGUGCUCCUUGUGGUUCCUAUUGGUGAAGAGCUGCAGAAUGAGGAGGAGAUACUGGAAUUCAGUAAAGGAUUAUUUGGUCCAAACAUUGAGAGCAUUAUCAUAGUGCUCUUCACGAGAGGGGAUGAACUGGAGGAUAAUGAGACAAUUGAUCAGCAAAUCCAAAAGGAAGGAGAUCUGCAGCAGCUGAUUGCAAAGUGUUGUGGCAGAUUCCAUGUUUUUGACAACAGGCACCUUGUUGAGGACCAGGUUGUGGACCUACUGAAGAAGAUUGAUACCUUGGUGACCAAUAUCGGAGAAUGCUAUUUGAUGGAACAGCACAAAAGGCAAAGCAUAGAUGUCCAGAUAUAUUUUUCAAGGGAAACACACACAGAGGGAGCAGCAGAUGACUGGCAACAGCUUCCUGAGAGGAAAGGGCAGCGAAGGCUGGUGCUGCUGGGGAAGACUGGAGCGGGAAAGAGCGCUACAGGAAACACUAUCCUGGGCAAGAAUGUGUUUAAAUCUGAUGCAAGUUCAUCCUCUCAAACGAGAGAGUGCAGCUCUGAAAAACUCGAGAGAGGCGGUAAAGAGAUUAUUGUGAUUGACACACCAGGACUGUUUGACACUAAACUCAGCCAAGAUGAAGUUACCAAGGAAAUUCUGAAAUGUAUGACCUACUCAUCUCCAGGCCCUCAUGCGUUCCUCAUAGUGAUCAGAGUAGGGAGAUUUACCCCUGAAGAGAAGGAAACAGUGAAGCAACUCCAAAACGUUUUUGGUGAAAAUGCAGGGAAAUACACCAUGAUCCUCUUCACCUGCAAGGACGAGUUAGAGAAGAAAAAACAAACCAUUCAACAGUACCUCGAAAAAUGUGACCCAGACCUCAAAGCUCUUUUAGAGAGCUGUGGGAACAGAUUCUACAGUCUGAAUAACAACGCAUCCAGUUACCCACAAUUUAAAGAUCUGAUGGGUAAAAUAGAGUCAAUGGUGGCAAAAAAUGAGGGAAAAUAUUUCAGUGAUGUCUCAUUUGAGGAUCUUGAACAAUCUAUUCUAGAGAUCCAAAAGGAGAAACUGGAGCAGAAACUUAAGGCUUAUAAACAUGAACAGAAGCAGCAGACUGAGUGGCAACAAAUAUACUGGAGUUUAGUGGAGGAGUCACGUUUGGAAGCUCAAAAAUUCUUAAUUUCUGACAUGUGCCUUAGUACAAUUGCUAAAUACCUAGGAAAAAUACAGGUGUCUCUGGAGGAGAAAGAGAGCGCAAUUAAGGCCGCAGAGAGCAGAGGGGUAAAACGAGCACAGGCUGUGAAAGCAGCUAUCAGAGCCACAGGAGACCUAGCCAGGCAGAAGAUGUGCAAAAUCCAGUGAGAAGAUGCAAGUGCAGUUUCCUUGGUUCUAUAACAUGGCCCUCUUUCAUUCAUUCCAGUACAGUUCAAUUCAGUUUUGUUUGCAAAGGUUUUAUUUCAAUGUAUUUUAAUGCAUCUUUUGCAUUAAACGCGAAGUUACUAGUUUGCUGGGUGCAAGAAUGUAGUCAAAACUAAAAAAAUCUAAUAUGUAAUAAGAAUAUACGAAAGCAUAACAUUAAUAAGAGUAGUAUCAAUUACAAAGAACAGAAAGGUGCUUA